AGCAAUGAAGAGAAGGGUAGGAAAAGACACGAACACAAAGAUGCGGAAAAUGUAAUUGAUCAAUUAAUGGAAAAUAAGAAGUUUUGGAACUGGCUCGCUGAAUGGACAUCUGUGUACAUGGAAUUACUAACUGAUCACAUAAAUGGAGCCAUUAAAGGCGUAGAGGAAAAAGUCAAGAACCAAGUAGAAAAACAAGUCGAAGAAUUAAAGAAAGAAAUCAGCAAACCUAAAGAAGAAGAUGAUAGGUUAGAACCCUUCAAAGAAAAUGAUUCGAAGAAAACUAGUAAAGACGAUAAAGUAAAGAAAGAUGUUGAAACAAAAGAUAGUGAUAAAACAAUUGACGAUGGUAAAGAAAAAGAAAAACAUGAAACUUUAGAUGAAAAAACAAAAGACGAUCAAGAGGAUAAGAAAAAAGAGGAGAAAUUAAAUAACAAAAAAGAAGAAGAAAGCAAACCAAAACACGGUGCUUCAAAUAUUGAAGCUAAAAAUGUGUACGGAAAUACUGUAGGAGGAGAGAAAGUGACAAACAUAUUCAUUUUCUACCCAAACGAAGACCCCGAUAAGGUUUUAAAGGAUGUUUCUAAAUUAAAAGACUCAGGAGACCUUAAUGUUGAUAUUAAACUCAACAUAAAUAAAAAUAAGGAUGAAGAUGCAAAGAAAGAUGAAUCAACUCAAGCUACAACUGAAGCAAAGAAAGAUGCUAUCGAUGUAACUACUAAAGCCCCUGAAAAAGAUACUAGUACUACUGAAACUCCUAAAGAUAAAGAAGAAAAAUCAACAACUAUUACAGAAUCCACGACUACGGAAACCACAAAACGGCCAGAUGUAGAGACAACUAAAAAUGAACUUACAACGGAAAGCAGUAAGGUUGAGACUACUGAACGCCCGACAAAGGAAGGCAAAGAUGAUCCCGAAGACAAAAGUAAGAAUGAUGAGAAAGAAAAUAAAUCUGGUGAAUUAAAAAAAGAAGAAAAACAAGAAACAAAUGAAAAAGAAAAACCAUCUGACAAAUUAGAUAAAGAAGAAAAACAAGAAACAAAUAAAAAAGACGAUAAUUCUACAGAAUCAAAAAAAGACUAAAGAGAAAUUGAUGUUUUCACUAAAAUAAGAACAAAAAUGUUAAUAGGAAUAACAAAUUGAAAUUAGUAUUUAUGUGUAAGUUAAAAUAAAAGAUCCAAUAUUUAGUAACACAAUUUAUUUCUAAACCUAUAUAACAAGUCCGUAUUAUAUGGCACUUAAAAACAAUUUAUAUACCGACCGCUGCGUUGAGCAUUAUAAUAUACAGAAUAUAAUUUAUACUGUUUUAUGAUACACUAGCUGUGCCCGCGACUUCGUACACGUGAAAACUUGUUUUCGCAACAUUUUUCAUUGUUGCUCUGCUCCUAUUGAUCAUAACGUGAUGUUCCUCAAUAAAUGGGCUAUCUAACACUGAAAGAAUUUUUCAACUCUUACCAAUAGUUCCGGAGAUUAGCGCGUUCAAGUAAACAAACAAACUCUUCAGCUUUAUAAUAUUAGUAUACAGAGUGUUAGGUAAGUGGGUAUAUGAGCCGACACUAGCCCAUGUUAACA